AUGCUUUCGUUUCUUUAUUCCGCGUUACUGGCCCUUGCGCUCCCGCGCAUCAUCCUUGGCCAAGCAAAAUGUGGCUUAGUUCCACCUAGAGAUUCCACAACCCCAAAUGCAAAAUCGUCUACUGGUACAGGAUCUGGAUCUUCUAGCUCGAGCGAUGGUGAUUUUGCCGACGUUCUAGCCAAUGGUUGGUAUCCUGGAUGGCUUGCAGACGACAACCCUCCUAGUAAUAUCUCUUGGAGUAAAUAUAACACCUUGACAUUUGCAUUUGCCACUACAACUUCCGAUGUGAAUGUGGUGGCGUUAGACUCUAUCAGCGAGCAGGCUCUGCCUCAGUUUGUGACUGAAGCCCAGGCACAUAAUGUCAGCGCGAUUUUGUCAAUCGGUGGAUGGUCAGGAUCAAUGUACUUCUCAAACGCCAUGGCCACUUCGCAAAACCGAACUGCGUUCGUGGCAACUGUGUUAGAUCUCGUCGAAAAAUAUGAUGUAGAUGGCAUCGAAUUCGAUUGGGAAUACCCCGGAAAACAAGGAAUCGGGUGUAACACCGUCUCGUCAUCGGACUCGGAAAAUUUCCUCUCAUUCCUGCAAGAACUGCGACAAGAUCCUCAAGGAGCGCAGCUGAUUCUGGCAGCUGCUGUAUCUAUAACACCGUGGAUUGGAUCGAGUGGCGAACCGAUGUCCGAUGUAUCAGUCUUUGCGGAAGUCCUCGAUCAUAUCAGUAUCAUGAACUAUGAUAUUUGGGGCUCAUGGUCUCCUACUGUUGGUCCCAAUGCCCCAUUAAAUGACUCCUGUGCUCCGACCCAGGAUGGAUCUGCUGUGUCCGCGGUCAAGGCAUGGACAUCCGCUGGAUUUCCUGCUGACCAGAUCUCACUUGGUUUGGCUGCGUACGGACAUUCGUUCGAUGUCAGUAACUCUAACGCACUCAACAGCUCGAAAGCGUUGCAACUGUACCCCGCAUUUAAUGCCGGGGACCAGCCUCAUGGUGACAGCCAAGACGCACAAGCCGGUACGGACGAGUGCGGCAACUCCACGCCUGUUGGAGGCAUCUUCAAUUUCUGGGGAUUGGUAGACGGCGGUUUUCUCACAACGGCUGGUACCGCAGCAAGUGGUAUCGACUAUACAUUUGACAACUGCAGUCAGACACCUUUUGUGUAUAAUCCUACCUCCGAUGUGAUGGUUUCUUUCGAUGACGCAACAUCAUUUGCCGCGAAAGGAGAAUUCAUCAAUAGCAUGGGCUUGAAAGGGUUCUCGGUAUGGCAUAUAUUGGGUGAUUAUAAUGAUAUUUUGUUGGAUGCUGUCAGUAGUGCGAUGGGUAUAGAAUCGGUAUGCACUAGUAGUUCCUCAUGA